CACAUUUGAAUGAUGUGCCAUCAGACUGAGGCAGCAGCUUUGGGGGCGCGAGCUGCAGGAUAAGUUCCCCAGAGUCUCCUUCCCUGAGGUUCUACACGACGACCACGCUCUCCUCACCUUCCUGGAGAUUAUGGAGGUGAUGGGCGUAGCGCUGGUGUCAGAUGUGCCUUGUGAGAAAGACCAGAUCUACUCCUUUGCUAAACGCAUCGGACCCUUGAAACCAACUCCCUACGGAGAAACGUUUAACGUGAAAACCAGGAUGAACCCCAAUAACCUGGCGUUCACCGACGACUGCCUCGACAUGCAUACCGAUCUGCCUUGCUUGGCUGCCAAGCCCGAGAUUCAGAUGCUACACGUCAUCAAGCAGUUCCCUGAGGAGGGCGGGGAAACCAUGUUAUCAGACGGAUUUACCGCCGCUUCAAAACUUAAGAAGAACCAUCCGGAGUAUUUUGACACGCUUGCAAAAACUCUGGUCGACUUUGUAGACGUGGGGAUCGAAGACGGUGUCAAGUUUCACAUUUGUUGGAGAGCACCGGUGAUCGAUCUGGACUUCGGCGGCUCCAUCCGAACCGUGAACUGGCAUCAGAUGUCACGUGACUCACGCUUCCAAGUUUCUUCCUCUGAAGCAGCGGUGAAGUGGUACUCAGCAGCUCUCGCCUUCCGAGACCUUCUGUACGACGCCGAUAAUCUUGUGGAACUGAAGCUUCAGUCCGGCGACAUGAUUGUGUUUGACAACCUGCGCGUAAUGCAUGGACGACAAGAAUUCUGUUCCGAUCAGGGAGAGCGUUGGCUCCAGGGAGGCUACUUGGAGUGGGACUCUCUCAGGUCACUCCGCCGCGUGCUUCGCAAGGAGAUUGCUGCUUGAGUUGUCCUCGCCUAAUACUAAUGCAGGCCAUGCGUGGCUCCAUCCUAAAGGGGAAUGUUAACCUGAUGGUGAAUGAUGAUUAUAUAACAACGUGCUUGCUUUCGCUGCUUGCAUGAAUAUUUUGGCUUAAGAGAAUGAUGAUGAUGAUGAUGAUAAUGAUGAUGAUGAUGGAGAGGAUGAUGAUGAUGAUGAUGAUGGUGAUGAUGAUGAUGAUGGUGAUUAGUAACAAAUGUGAAAAGAAAUAUGUUUCUGCUGAAUUUCUUCUUGUCUGGAUGCGUUCUCUACUGUUUCAGUACUUGUGGUAUGCAUGUGUUUAUACUAACUGUUUCAACAGCUGUGAUCGCGAGUGUUGACCACUACCUCAGCAUCUGUUAUCAUGAUGUGCUCUUCUGGCUUAUAUGAUUUUGAGUUCCAUAAUUCUUUUGGGAGACAAACCAUUAUAAAUAGUUUCCGGUGAUUUGGUGCAGCGACAGCAAUGCAGCAAGUACUUUCAAGUUUUUUUGUUUUUGUCAUAUACCUGUUUAUCCUAAAUCAUAUCCAAGGCAUGUGACUGAGGUAGAAUAAGAAUUAAUGAAAUACAUGUACAGAGAUAUAUAA